GUAGGAGCUGCUUUGAGAAUGAGAGAAAUGCUCUUCUAAGCUUCAAACGUAACGUUUCUCACCUAUCAUUCAGCUCUCUCUCCUCAUGGGGAGCCAGUAGAGAUGAUGACUGCUGCAAAUGGGAAGGAAUUGGUUGCGACAACAGAACUGGCCAUGUUGUUGCUCUUCAUUUGGGGGAUGCAGGCUUACAAGGGGGGAGUUUCCUGGAUUUUCUCAACAAAUCUAUGGGAUUGUAGACUCUAUCGAAGAAUAUUUAUUUGAUUAUGAAUGGCUUAUGUGGAAGGGUGAAGAGGUGGAGUAUGGUAAGAACCUCAAAUUCAUGAAGCUCAUUGAUCUCUCGAGUAAUAAAUUGGUUGGAGAAAUCCCAGUUGAGAUAACUGAUUUGCAUAUACUUAAUUCACUAAACCUGUCGAGAAACAAACUGGCCGGUUUCAUCCAAAACAAGAUUGGUCAGAUGAGCUCGCUAGAGAAUCUCGACUUGUCAAACAAUCAACUAUCUGGAGCAAUACCAUUUAGCCUGGCUAGUAUAUCAUUUCUUGCUCGCUUGGACUUGUCGAACAAUAAUUUGUCUGGUUGUAUUCCACUUGGCCCUCAGUUGCAAGGAUUCACUUAUGAGGCUUAUCAGGGAAAUCCAAAACUACGAGGGCCUCCACUCCCAACAAAGUGUCAUAGAAGUGAACCUGGAAAUGCUCCACAACAAGGACGAAUUGAUGAAAUUGAAGAUGAUGAACAUUGGAUUAUCUGGGACUUUGACUUCUUUGUGAGUAUGGCACUUGGAUUCAUUCUUGGUUUUUGGGGAGUAUGCGGAACAUUAAUACUCAAGCGUUCUUGGCGACAUGCAUAUUUCCAAUUUUUAGAAAACAAAAAAGAGAAGAUUUGCACUGCCAUUCUGGUAUAUGGAGCCAAAUUGAAGAGAGGUAUGGGAGCUAGCUAGAUUGAAAUAAAAGGAUCAACUCAUCUUCUUGAACUGCAGGAAGUACGAAGACCAUUGGAGUACCUCCGAUCCGAUCUAUGUCAUCAUUCUAAAUAAAGUUCAAUCAUGUGUAUUUGUGUGUUUGUAUUCAUAUUUCAAGUCAUGUAAUUCUAUUUUGUUCUGUAUUGUGUGUAUUGAGGUUUUACUAUCAUCGUACGAUAGCC